GAGUGGUGGCAGGUGAAGUCGGGGCACAACGGGGACUGGUUUCCUUCACAUGGCGCAAAGCACACAGACUGCUGGCGCCCCAUUAACACAUAUGUAAGGGAAAAGUGAUUGAAUGGAAUAAUGAAUGAGAUUUGAUCCAGGUAAUGUUUCGGGAGCGGCCGUUUUCCGCGUGAACCUCUCUGGAGGACAAUUGGCCCAUGUACGGAAUAGACUUCCAAGAUGGCGACGCCCAUGUGGAAGGCGCGACUAGGACGCUGCCAUGUGUCGCCUGGGAUCGUACGGCCUCGGCUCCCUCACGGAAUCAAAUUCCACGAUAACGGCAUCUGCGAGGAAGUAAUGCACUAGGUGCAGCCAUGUUGCCUGUAACUUCGAGGCCGUACAAGCGUCACCGUAAGGGCUCUACUGACAAGGUGGCGGCGCCCUCAGAAAGCUGUGUACAGGCGCGGCCAUGUUCCUGGCGAACGUAUGGAUUCGGCCACCAUACGGACUCGACAAUCAAGAUGGCGGCGCCUGAAGCACCUUCGGGGGCUCUAGGGGAGCGACCUGCUUGUUUGCUGCGGAGUCGACGCACGGAGCCUGCGCAAUAGGAGUACGGUGCCUGGGAGGCGUGACCUGGAGCGGAAGUAGUGGGCGCCUUUGCAACCGCCGCGGACGCCGCGGAGUGGUCUGAGAAGAUUCACGAGUCUCUGGCGUGGGGCGCGAGGGAGUUCGCCGACAGCGGGGAUAUGGAGGGAGAUGGUUCAGACCCAGAGCCUCCAGAUGCUGGGGAGGACAGCAAGUCGGAGAAUGGGGAGAACGCACCCAUCUACUGCAUCUGCCGCAAACCCGACAUCAACUGCUUUAUGAUCGGGUGUGACAACUGCAAUGAGUGGUUCCAUGGGGAUUGCAUCCGGAUCACUGAGAAGAUGGCCAAGGCCAUCCGGGAGUGGUACUGUCGGGAGUGCCGAGAGAAAGAUCCCAAGUUGGAAAUACGCUAUCGGCACAAGAAGUCACGAGAGCGGGAUGGCAAUGAGCGGGACAGCAGUGAGCCCCGGGAUGAGGGUGGAGGGCGCAAGAGGCCUGUCUCAGAUCCUGACCUGCAGCGCCGGGCGGGGUCAGGGACAGGGGUUGGGGCCAUGCUUGCUCGGGGCUCUGCUUCGCCCCAUAAAUCCUCUCCACAGCCCUUGGUGGUGACACCCAGCCAGCAUCACCAGCAGCAGCAACAGAUCAAACGGUCAGCCCGCAUGUGUGGCGAGUGUGAAGCAUGCCGGCGUACUGAGGACUGUGGCCACUGUGACUUCUGUCGGGACAUGAAGAAAUUUGGGGGCCCCAACAAGAUCCGGCAGAAGUGCCGGCUACGCCAGUGCCAGCUACGGGCCCGGGAAUCGUACAAGUACUUCCCUUCCUCGCUCUCGCCGGUGACACCCUCAGAGUCCCUGCCAAGGCCCCGCCGGCCACUGCCCACCCAACAGCAGCCACAGCCAUCACAGAAGCUGGGGCGCAUUCGUGAAGAUGAGGGGGCAGUGGCAUCAUCAGCAGUCAAGGAGCCACCUGAGGCUACGGCCACGCCUGAGCCACUCUCUGAUGAGGACCUACCACUGGAUCCUGACUUGUACCAGGACUUCUGUGCAGGGGCCUUUGAUGACCAUGGCUUGCCCUGGAUGAGUGACACAGAAGAGUCCCCAUUCCUGGACCCCGCCUUACGGAAGAGGGCAGUGAAAGUGAAGCAUGUGAAGCGGCGGGAGAAGAAGUCUGAGAAGAAGGUGAUGGAGAGGAAAGAGGAGAGAUACAAGCGGCAUCGGCAAAAACAGAAGCACAAGGACAAAUGGAAACACCCAGAGAGGGCCGAUGUCAAGGACCCUGCAUCGCUGCCACAGUGCCUGGGGCCCGGCUGUGUGCGCCCUGCCCAGCCCAGCUCUAAGUAUUGCUCAGAUGACUGCGGCAUGAAGCUGGCAGCCAACCGCAUCUACGAGAUCCUCCCCCAACGCAUCCAGCAGUGGCAGCAGAGCCCCUGCAUUGCUGAAGAGCAUGGCAAGAAGCUGCUUGAACGCAUUCGUCGUGAGCAGCAGAGUGCCCGCACCCGCCUUCAGGAAAUGGAGCGCCGAUUCCACGAACUUGAGGCCAUCAUUCUUCGUGCCAAGCAGCAGGCUGUGCGUGAGGAUGAGGAGAGCAACGAGGGUGACAGUGAUGACACAGACUUGCAGAUCUUCUGCGUCUCCUGCGGGCACCCCAUCAACCCACGUGUUGCCUUGCGCCACAUGGAGCGCUGCUAUGCCAAGUAUGAGAGCCAGACGUCCUUUGGGUCCAUGUACCCCACACGCAUUGAAGGGGCCACACGACUCUUCUGUGAUGUCUACAAUCCUCAGAGCAAAACAUACUGCAAGCGGCUCCAGGUGCUGUGCCCUGAGCACUCACGGGACCCCAAAGUGCCAGCCGAUGAGGUGUGCGGGUGCCCCCUUGUACGUGAUGUCUUUGAGCUUACAGGUGACUUCUGCCGCCUGCCCAAGCGCCAGUGCAAUCGCCAUUACUGCUGGGAGAAGCUUCGGCGUGCUGAAGUGGACUUGGAGCGUGUGCGUGUGUGGUACAAGCUGGAUGAGCUGUUUGAGCAGGAGCGCAAUGUGCGUACAGCCAUGACAAACCGUGCAGGAUUACUGGCCCUGAUGCUGCACCAAACAAUCCAGCACGACCCACUCACUACCGACCUGCGCUCCAGUGCUGACCGCUGAGCCUCACCGGCCCACACCACCUCCACAUCCUUCAUUCCAGUUGGGGAAGCUGCCCUGAGCCUCCCGUGUGUCCGUUCCUUCUUCAUCUGUUCAUGUUUCUUUAAUUCUCUCUGUGCCCAUCCACCAUUUGACUUGCCAUCUACUGUUACUAGAGAGUCUCAACAUUUCCCUCUGUUUCUCCAUUUUCUGUGCUGGGGUGGGACUGUGGAGUCUACUCACCCGUGCUUCCUCCCUCCCUGGAUUUUGUUAAUAAAAUUUUGAAGAACCAAGGAA